GGCUUAAUUGUGUAGAGUGUAGACUGUAACCAAGUUGUACAUGAUGAAAUGAGGAAGACAAGGUAAGGGAAAACUUGAAAAUAAGGACGGCAAAAAAUAACUAUUCUGUUGAAUUGCCUGAUUUUGGUGUCUUUACAGUUUACAGUUUUACACUUACAGACUUACAGGUACACUUUAUUAAAAGUUUACUAAAGUUUUACUCUUUUAGUUUUUAGUCUUUACUUUACUUUACUGUUAAAAAAGUGUUUUACUUAUCAAAAGUGAGAUUUAAGUGUUUAUUAAAAGUUAAAAGAAUAUUUAAAAUAUUAUUGUAAGGUUUGCAAGACAAAAUUUGGUAUCAAAUGAAGAGAUAAUUGAAUGGACCAUAUAUGAUAUUGAUAUAGUCCAUUCAUUAUAAUGUUUAAUUAUUUAAUUUAGUUUUCGAAGUGGCUAUUCGUACCCGGUCACCAGAAGUGAGAGGCUGGGAUUUUAGUUUAUUUUAGUUAAACUGAAGAAGUCAGUUUACAAACAUUCAUAUAGUCCAUUCAAUUAUCUUUCAUUUGAUACCUCAUUUUGUCUUACAAACCCAAAAAUAAUAUUUUAAAUAGUUUUUUAAUCCCAAACUCUCACUUCUGGGACCUGGGUACGAAUAGUCAUGAAUAGUCGCAGCCCUUAGACUCACUUUAGUUUUAGUCUAAGUCUAAACCUAAGGCCCAGGGUACGCAUAGCGAGUUAUUUUUGUUAUUAGUAUAAUAUAAUGACUUAGUAGAAGAUGACUUUGAUAGCAAUUUACAUGUAAUUAGAAAUAUUAUUAAGUCAUUAAGUUAAUUAUGCUUGCUGUAGCAAUGAAGAUUCCUUUUUUAAAUUAAAGAAAGGAAAUACAUUUCAUUGAUCUUGAAAAAGAUAUUAAUAUUAACUUUACCGGUAAUUUAUAGCUUUAUUUCUCACUGUAUCACGGGAAAAGUAAUGUGCAUAGUUUUAUUUUUUGUACCAUAGGCACUGUGGGGAUAUAAAGUGUUAAUUGCAAGUUUAACCAAAAAACUGUACCAACCCUGAAAAUGUCACUGAAGGAACUGCCACUUUUUCUGAUAAAAGGCUGCAGAUUUAAUUCAUAGUGAAAAAAUUAAAUUGUGUUGUUUUGUUAUGCUAAUUAAAUGAACCACAUCCUAUAUCUAAAAAAGAGAAAUAAUGCUAUUUUAAAUUUUUUUCUCAAAGUGAGAAUUCUCUUCCUACUAUAUGAUGUUCUAAGUUGCUCUUUUUGAAAUAUCAUUUGAUAUUAAAAAAGCACAACAGCAAAGAUAAACAUAAGAUAUAUACUGAUAUACACAAUCUAAAAGUAGAUUUUUGCAUGCUUAGAAAAUGGUGGGUGAUUCAUAAAGUAAAUCACUCAAAAUAAACUAAGUGCACAAUUUUGAGCUUUGUCCAGUCCUUAUAAAAACAUGGCCCUGUUCUUUUCUUUAACUUUUGAUUUUAUUCCUGACGCUCUGAUUAUGAUUUUAACAUGUCUGUGUUCAUUCUUAUGGCACAUAUCUGUAUCCAUGGGCGCCCGCAGAAAACUUUCUAGGGAGGGGGGGGGGGGCAAAAAAAUCGAUUAUCUUUCCAGGGGGGGGGGCAACAAAUUUUUAGUAAGUUUUUAAUAUAGUUUUAUUUUACUCUGAUUAUGAUUUUAACAUGUCUGUGUUCAUUCUUAUGGCACAUAUCUGUAUCCAUGGGCGCCCGCAGAAAACUUUCUAGGGAAGGGGGGGGGGGCAAAAAAAUCGAUUAUCUUUCCAGAGGGGGGGGCAACAAAUUUUUAGUAAUGUUUUAAUAUAGUUUUAAUUUACUGUAGCGUGUUUGUAUGGUGAACGAACGGACAGGACAUCAGCUUAGUUACUUUCUCUUUAUUUUCUCUUUACUUUAAUACAUUUUUGGUCUAUUUUUGUCUAAAUUUUUUUAAUCCAAUCAAUCCAAGGGCAAGUGCCCCCCCUUGCCCCUACCUGCGGGCGCCCAUGUCUGUAUCUAGAAAAUAUAUUUGGAUAUUUCAUGUUAAUAGUUAACAUCAUUUCAUUUACCAGUAUGUUUUUCUUUACACAUUCAGAAGAAAAAGAUAACAUAAGAUCUGCCAUGGACCCUAAGCACUUGACCAGAUUGAAAGAAGAACAGCAAAUCGCUAUCGAUGAGACUGAUGCAAAGCUUGAACAACUGUAAGGAGACUUGUGGUUAGCUUUACUUUAAAUAUAAAUUUUUUUUUGCUACCACUAAAUGGUAAUCACAAAGAAAGAAUUAAGAUCAACUGCCCAGAAUUAUCUGGUAAAGAGUAUGUAUACUUUCAAAAAGUUAGCAAUUGCUUCAAUGCCACGAUUAUCACAACUAUGUGUUGUUGAUAUGGAUUACACUAUACUUUUUCUGUACAUAUGAUUUUUAAUAACAGCCUACAGUUCAAGAAAGACUAUGUGGCUCUUCAUGAUAGAUUGAAGACACUUCCUGAUAAACUAUCACAUGAUAUAAUGGUAAUUGUUUCACAUUAUAUUUGACUGUCUAGGUUUUUAAAUAUAUAAAUGUUUAUUAAUUUUAAUUGUACUCUUAUUUUUUUUUAAUUGAGUACAACAUCAGUAGUAUUUUAUAUGUUUGAAAUUUAAUAACUACUUUAUUAUUGUAACAAUGAUCCUGGUGCAUUGAGUCUAACAAGCUUACUAAGACAAAAUUAAUUCUUGUAUGUAAAGGUGUUUUUAAAUCUUUGUAGCUAUACUCAUUUUGAAUCACAACCAAUAACAAUAUUGACAUUAUUGUUGUUAAGGUUCCAUUUGGGAAACUAGCAUUUAUGCCUGGAAAAAUUGUCCACACAAAUGAAAUUCUCGUUCUACUUGGAGAUAACUGGUUUGUUGAGAGGUCAGCCAAGCAAGCUGCAGAGAUAGCCGAUAGAAGAAUAAAAGGUAGCCUGUACCAAUGUUUUCUUUAACGGGAUUUUCACCGUGAAGAUGUUUUAAAAAUAAAUAUUUAAUUUAUCUGGGAUUAAAUAUGAAUUUUCUGCAAAUAUGAAAUUACAUCAAUCAAAGCUUAAGCGCAUUACAGUUAUAUAUGUUUUUCAUUUACAUGUGUAUUUCCAGAAUUGGAAAAUAAACUCGGCGAUUUGGAGAGCCAAAGAAAGCUGUUGGAACCUCGGCUUAAUUUCACUUCUGAUCUUCAAGCAGAAUUGUUGGUACGGUGAUGUGAUUAAAUCUUGUUUAUUAAUCAUACUGUUUGUUGUUGUUGUGGUGGUUGGUUCAGCUGAUUAUCUCAUUACUAUAAGAUGUUCAAAGGGAUGAAUGUUUUGUCCAUUACGUCAGCUCCGUUGAUAAAACAUUGCAUGAAGGUUUGCAUGAAGUUCAAGACAUAUUUCUGAUCAGCAUUUAAAGAUAUGUUCAUUUUAAAUAAGAUAGUGCUGCUGAUCUCUUGGCAGAGAUAUAAUUGAGAUUUCUCUUGUAUCUGUAUUCUGUAGCACCACCUUUAUUCCUCCCCAGGGUGCAGCUGGAGUCAAUGAGAUUGUUGAAAAAUAUGACGAAGAAAAGGAAAAAUUAUGGGAUGGUAAUAAAUUCAUUAAUGAAAAUAAAUAAAAAAAAUAAGCUUUUAAUUCUCUGUUUUUUUUAUUAUAAAGUAAUUGUUAAGUGUAUUUCUGUCAGUGGUGUGAACAAAUGAAAGAAUUCUUUUUUUUUUUUUUCAAACAGCAAGCCUUAUUUUAAGUCUUUAACUACACAAGUGCUAAUUUCCUGUUUAACAGAUAACCGAAUUGUGGCUUAGAAUGAUCAAAUAUAAAAGGACAUUACUUCUGAAAAGCUAUAGAUUGGUGGCAGAGACGUGAAAAUUUUCUUUUAAUUUUAAAUAUUAAAAAUUGUGAUCAACUGUUUGCUACUGAAAGAUUUCUUUUUAUUUAUUGUUCUUAUUGUUAUGGCCAUAAAUUAAAUUUCUGUCAUUUGUUAUCAUGUUUUAUUAUCACAGAAAAACAUCGUGAAAAUGUGAAGCGUCAUAAAGAAGAACUCAGACGCAACAAAGAGUCUCAAAAUAGUUCAGAUAAAAGGGAAGUGAGUGAUGCACAAAACUCUGAAGGUAAUUUGUGGUCUCGCCUUGAUGAAUUGGAAAGACUGGAAAAUGAGAGAGGAGAACUGAAUAGGUGAGUAAACAUGGCCCUGUCAACAGUAACAUCCGAGCAUAAGUCAAAUUAGCUCUACCUGUCAUCAAGGUGGGAUCUGUUGGAUGGGUUGCUCAUUCAACAUAUUUAUUCAGCCUCCAAUAAAUUAAUACACAUGUAUUAUGAAAUGCACAUAUAUUACGUAUGAAUUAAAAUCUGGAUAUUAAGGAAUUAAAUAUUUCUGUCCUCAGCCGAUUGAGUGAAGAUGAGAUGGAGGGUGAUGAAUCAACUUCAUGCAAACCCCCCGAACAAAGAGUUAGCUGGGCAGAUAUCAGGUCAGAGGAGAGUUACAAACCUGUUGAACACAUUGAUUCUGAGCAGAGCAGUGAAGAAGGCGAUGAUGAGGAGGAUGAUGAAGAGGUUGAUGAGAGACCAUUGAUUAAAAAAAUCACCUUCUCGCACACACCCACACCAGCAAUUUUAGUAAGUAGUUUGGUUUACCUCCAGAUGUAAAUUUUACCAACAACUUAACCUUUUUUGUUGUUGUUUUGCUCUAAAUUUAAAAUCUCUUAGUUUGCAGAAUAAUGUUGUGACUAAAAAUAAAGAGUCAUCCAAACAGUGACAUAAGCUCUUUCAUAUUGACACUGUGAUUACAUAAUCUUUCAAACUGAGUCCUAAAAACUGAAGCAUUUUAACAGUAAAACUAAACAAAGUCUUACAAAUUGCCCUACAGCCUCAUCAAGUAUUUACAGAGGGCGCCACCGGCAUUCAAAGUCCAGCAGACAUCUACAAACUGUUUUCACCAAAACCUAUCCUAAAAAAAACUUCAGUGGAUGCAAACCUGCACGCAGGUGAAACAGACUCAUCGUCAGAAUGUGGUGCGUCUGUGGACAAACAUGGAAUGUCUCCCUCUGUAAAAUUUGAUAUGCAGUUAUUACAUGGCAAUCUUAACGAAAAACCUCUUCCGGAGGGCAAAAAAUCAAGUACCGCUGGUUCAUACCAAGAAAGUUUUACAUCCGCUGGUGCUAAAAAGGUAUGUAAGUUACUGGUGAAAAUAUGCAAUGUUAGGCUUGUCUGGUUUUAAUGAAAGAUUUGGAAUUUCACUUUCAACAUUUCUAAGUAAUGGAUCUUUUUGAGGAAUAAAAUUGCCAUCCAUUGAAGAAGUACAUAAAAUUAUUUUAUCAAGUCUCGUUCAAACGUAAAUAAAUACAAAAUAUAUUUAUAAAAAAAGACACAAAAAACAGUGAUUUACUGUAAAUUAUUUUUGAAAUGUUUGUACAUCAUGAUGUAUAAUGAAUGAUGUUUUCAUAUCAUUUAACUAUGAUAUAGAAAAUCCUGAGUUUGUUCCUUUGAUGUUACAUUUUAAUUGAUGGUUUUUUAAAAAUUGCUCUCUAUUUUGGUCUUCAAUUUUUUUCCACCAGGCUUUUACAGGAGUAGUUUUGGAAAAGUUAUUGGAGAAACCCGAUACAUUAACCCUCGACGCCAGCUCAGCUAAACACCAAACACAAGAGGAAGCCCCCAAACGAAUAUCUAAAUUUAAAGCAGGCAGAAUGAUGCAAAACUCAACAUAGUAAGCCUGCCGAAUCCCAUUCUUGAAAAUGUCAUUUUGUUUUUUGUCAGUAUAACUAUGCAUUUAUUGAUGUCCCAGUUACUGUACAUUGAAAAGUGAAUUGAUUGAUGUUGGUGAUGAAGAAAUUAAUUAAAUGAUUGUUUCAAACAUGGAUGAUGGAGAAGACUUAUUGAUUGAAUAAAUGGUUUUAGUUUUGUCUAACUUUUGCAGCGCUGUGUCUCAUGUCACAUU